UGUUGACACAACACACCCAAUGCACAAGACAACGACUAAGCUCAAGGAAAGCAAAUUAAGUCGAAGGCAGGCAGGGAGCGCAGCGCAGUGCAACUAGCAGCGUCUCAAGCCAAACGCACCUGGGAAUCACAGAACAGCCCUCUAAGGAUGCCUGGAAUGGGGUCUGCACCUCACAAAGUGGCCACAAACACGACUGCAUGAGUAGCACACGAUGGCAUCACUGAGGAGACCACAUCACUCCUGCAGAGCUUUGGACAAGCCUACCAACACCUGCCACGAGAUGCGCCUUCCUCAACACUCCAGUCACACCCAAAGAUGCUGACAGGGUCAAAGGAUCAAAUCCACAACACAAGGAAAUGAAAAGGAAGUGUUGUGGGAAGACAAUGACACCCCACCUCAUGACUUCUCUGGGUUGGGCAUGCAACUGCAGCGUUCUGCACAGUGCUACCAUGCGCAGAGGCUCCCUCCAGGCCCUCAGGCACUCACACAGCAGCAUAAAAGCCGGCCCUGUGCCUCGCUCCCUCACACCACUCUCCUGUCGUCUUCUGCUCUGUGCUCUUCCAGGUGAGCUGCACCCCCAGCUGCCUUCUUUGGCCACAUCACCUGGCUUUGCUCUCCAUUCCCCUCUGACCACAAACUCUGCAGCCUUUCCACCUCUUCUGUCAUGCUCCCCACAACCCCAAACCAUACCUCCCUGCUGCUUGGGAACGGAACAGCAUUGCUUCCCUCACCCCUCAACUCCCUCUGAUCACCCAACACCCUCUCUUCCAGAGACCCUCCACCCCACAGCCAUGUCCUGCUACGACCUCUGCCGCCCCUGCAGUGGGGGACCCACCCCGCUGGCUAACAGCUGCAACGAGCCCUGUGUCAGGCAGUGCCAGGACUCCCAGGUCGUCAUCCAGCCUCCCGCCGUGCUGGUCACCCUGCCGGGACCCAUCCUCAGCUCCUUCCCCCAGAACACCGCCGUCGGAUCCUCCUCAUCAGCUGCCGUGGGCAGCGCCCUCAACGCCCAGGGAGUGGCCAUCUCCUCCGGCGGCUUCGGCUUCGGAGGCCUGGGCUGCUUCAACGGCGGCAGAGCCC